UUCAAGUUCCAUUUUUGAGUUUCAAGCUUUGAAAUAGGAAACAAUGGCAGCUACAAGUUGCAAGAAAUAUAGUAAUGGAAGUUGUGGGGAUGUUUUUGAUUCCAGCAAGUUUAGAAAAAGGUUUCAUUUUUCAUACUUCUUCAGCAUGAACAUUUCUCAACCAAAGGUGAGAGUCAAGUUUCCUAGGGUGGUUUUGAAGACCAUGCAAAGAAGAUCAUCAAGUGAACAUGAAUCUUUCAAGGAGGGUGGCAAGGUUAAGAAAAGGGUUUCACCUAAAGGGCUUUUGCCAAUGAAGGUUGGUAGGGCUUGUUCCAAUUUCUUUCGAUGCAAGAAAGGUAGUAUAAGAGAGGGUAGUUGUUCUUCAAGUAUUGAUAAUGACAGAGUUCGUGGAAAGAAUGCUUUUGAUUUGGCUGAUAAGAAAGAGGCUGAGAGGUUGAGAAAGGUAAAAAUGGAGGAAAUGGGGCUGCUAAAAUUAUCUUUCAAGAGUCUGAUGAAAAAGAGGAAUGGUGAUGGUAGUGGAACUGAUGCAAUUGAUGGUGGUAGCAACGAUGACCAGAAACAAGAGGGUUCACAUAGCAUGCCAAGGGUUCCAUUGAGAAUCAUGACGACCCAACACAGGUUGAAGGUGGCUCGAUCAAUGAGAAAGAAGAUGGUAAAGAUGGGAUCAGGAAAGACCGAUCAAGAAGAUGGGGAGAGGUCAGUGCAGGAGCUUUGCAAGAAGAGGAUCCUACUGGGUGAAAAAUGCAGGCCACUGAAUCACUCUGGUACUCUUCAGUAUGAUAAAGAUGGAGUCCUGUUACCAGAAACCAUUCCAGAGUGAGGAUCCCCUUUAGUUGAGAAUAGUGUUCUUUUUUCACUAAAUACUAUAAUUCACUGAACUUAGUAGUCUAUAGAAAGUCUAUCUGCAUAGUUCUGUUGUGCUUUUCCUGAAAUAGUGAUUCUAUAUAAAUAUGCUUUUCCCAUUGGCUUUGGA